CUCUUAUUGAAUGCACCUUUGACUCAAUCCUCUUUAAUUCUCAGAAGUUUGUCAACACAAACAUGUCAAUUCCACUAAGACCGGUGGACGGCACCCGGCUGUCCACGUCGCUGUCUGGCAACGUCGUCCAGCGAUCGCGUUCAAGCAACAAGUCAUCUCCGCUGUCACAGAGCCAAGGGACGGGGUUGGGUGCGGACUUGCACGGCGCUCGCGCCUAUAACGAUGACGGCGGCGACAACAACGACCUGGACGACGACGACGACGACGACGACCUGGGCUACGACGACAGCGCGUCGCUCAAUCCAAGUGGCAGUGGUGCAGCAGGACGGAGCAACAAGGCCAAGCAGCAGCUGUACGACGGCGCCAAGUCGCGGACGGGCAAGGCCAAGCUCGCCAUCAAGCGAACGGGCGCAUCGCUCCAACGCAUGCUCACCAGCAGGAAGCAGCAAGAGGACUUUGUCGAUGCCCAGUUCAUCAAGCCGCCCGUCAAGGUUCCGUGGCGAGCAAUCGGACUGGCGUUGCUCUUGUUCCUCAUUGGGUCGAUUCUGUUGACGUUUGGAUCCCUCAUUCUGACGGGCAAGAUCAAGGUGGAUCCAAAAGAAGACACGUCCAUCCCAUUGAUUGUCAUUGGAUCGCUCGUGUUUCUGCCAGGCUUUUACCAUUUGCGCUUGGCGUACUAUGCAUACCGCGGUUACAAGGGCUAUUCAUUUGACGACAUCCCUGACUUUGAUUGAUCAAGCGUGAUAACAAGUGUGCGGACGUGCGCGAGGAUGGAAGUUGGAGCAGAGUUGUUUUGGAGAAUAGUUGUAUUGAAAUCAUUUCGCCAAAAAUGACAAAACUUGUACGAUACAGGUCAGAUGCCCAAAUCAAAAAAAAAAAAUCCC